AUGUUCAACGCCCUCCUUACCCAUCAGUCGAUCAAGCCGCACCAGCAAUCAAGAACUCAAGGCCUGUCGAACCAGUCGGCGAGCAAGUGGCGAGGCGUCACAGAAGGGAUUCAGGAGGAGGCGGUCGCAAGACUGACGGGUGCCGCGGGGCGCACCAAGAGUGUCGAUCGGGAUCGGCGGCCAUGCCGUCACCUUCGUCCACAGGAGGAAGGCCCAGCAGAAUGGUCCUGA